AGGCGGGGCCGGGCGUGUGCCGCCGCCGGGGGCCGCGCGGGCGGGCGGGGGCUCAGGUGCACCCGCUCCGCCCGCCGCCGCCGCCCGCCGCGGCGCCGCUGAUUGGCCCGUCCCGCCGCCGCCGGCCCGAACAAUGGCCCCGGCCCGCUUAAAGGCGGCGGCGGCCGCGCCGCGGGCAGAGCGAGGCGUGCGCCGCGGCCGCCGCCGGCGCGGAGGCGGCGCGAAGAUGCCCCGGGGCUUCCUGGUGAAGCGCAGCCGGCGGCCCACCCCCGUCUCCUACCGGGCGCGCUGCUGCCGCGAGGCCGCCGCCGGCUCGCCGCUCCCCGCCGCCGGCGGCGCCCCUCCGCCGCCCCCGCCGCUGCGGGACUCGCCGCCGCCGGUGCCGUUCGGGACGCCCGAUGCCGCCGUGCAGGCGCUGUACAGCCCCACGCGGCCCGUCAGCAGGGACAAGUACCUGGAGCGGGGCUUCAGCCUGGGCUCGCCCGUCUCGGCCGAGUCCUUCCCCGCCCCGGCCGUGCCCGGCACCAUGGACCCGCUCCUCUUCGCCCCGGCCGAGCUCAAGCUCUGGGCCGCCGCCGCCGGCCACGCCGAGCCGCCCGCCGGCCACGCCGCCGCCGCCCCCGGUCCCGGCGGAGCCCCGGCCGCGCCGCCCGCCCCGGCCGCGCCGCCCGCCUCGGGCCGCCCGCCGCCCGCCAAACGCCCGCCGAGCGCCGCGGAGCCCGGCCGGCAGAAGGCCCCGUCGGGCAAGAAGGCGAAGGCGAUCCGCAAGCUGACCUUCGAGGACGAGGUGACCACGUCGCCCGUGCUGGGGCUGCGCAUCAAGGAGGGCCCGGUGGAGGCGCCGGCCAAGGCGCGGGGCGGCUGCGCCCGGCCGCUGGGCGAGUUCAUCUGCCAGCUCUGCAAGGAGGAGUACGGGGACCCCUUCGCGCUGGCGCAGCACCGCUGCUCCCGCAUCGUCCGGGUGGAGUACCGCUGCCCCGAGUGCGACAAGGUCUUCUCCUGCCCCGCCAACCUCGCCUCGCACCGCCGCUGGCACAAGCCGCGCCCGCCCGCCGCCAAGGGCGGCCCCGAGGCGGGCAGGGCGCCGGCGGAGGAGCCGCCGAAGGAGGCGAGCGGCAGCGGCAGCGAGCGGGACACGCCGAGCCCCGGCGGCGCCUCGGAGGCGGGCUCCGAGGAGGGGCUCUUCGAGUGCCCCCGCUGCGCCAAGCGGUUCCGCCGGCAGGCCUACCUGCGCAAGCACCUGCUGGGCCACCCGGCCCCGGGACCCGCGCCGGGACCCGCACCGGCCCCGGAGCCCGCCGCCGAGGAGCCGCCCGCGCCGCCGCCCGCCGAGUGCCGCCUGUGCCCCGUCUGCGGGGAGACCUUCCCCAGCAAGAGCAGCCAGGAGCGGCACCUCCGCCUGCUGCACGCCGCCCAGGUCUUCCCCUGCAAGUACUGCCCGGCCACCUUCUACAGCUCGCCCGGCCUCACCCGGCACAUCAACAAGUGCCACCCGUCCGAGAACAGGCAGGUCAUCCUGCUCCAGGUGCCGCUGCGUCCCGCCUGCUAGAGCCGCCCGUGCCUUCCCGGGGCCGAGCGCGUCCCGCGGGCUGCGCUUUGGACUCGCCACGCGAUUAGCUUUAAUACGGCUUGUGAACUGCUGGAAUCUGGCUUUACGUUCACCUUUCCGGGGUCUCUUUAUUUUAUUUUCUUUUUUUUUUUUUGUUUUGUUCGUUUUGGUUUUUAUAAAUGUGAACAGAUCAAACCGCUUGAGGAGAAAUGAGAAUUUCCUUUAGUGUAGCCACAAAUGCCUUGACUCUGCUGUUGAUGGUCUCCAGAAAAUGCUGUAGAAACUGCCUUAACUGUGACAUGCCAACUUUCUGGUUUUGUUCGGUUUUGCCCUUACUAAGGUAGCUCAUGAGUUGACUAUCUGUAUAUGUUGGUUUGAGUAAUUAUGUUAUUUAUUCGUUAUUUAUUUAUAUUAAUUAUGAAGAUUGAUAUUAUUUGAUCGCAGAUAUUCUAAUGUGCUUUUUUGUCUCCCCCUGCCUGCCAUUUCACUGUGCGUUUUAGAAGAUCUUUUUUUCUAAAGGGGUCUGCUAAAAAGGUUUUAACUUUUAUACCUAGAAUGACACACGAUCUUAACCAUUUUAUCCUGUGCAACUGACAGCUCUUACUUUUAGAUGCAAUCUCUUUUUCUACACACAUUAUUUUCUUAA